AUGGCUCUUGUUGUUGUAGGAGAGCUCAACUACGUUCUUUGUAUUGAAUUUCAACACACGAAAUUUGGCACCAUCAUGCACCAAACUAAGUAUGCAAGAGCCUUAUUGUCCAAAUUUGGAAUGCAGAAUUGUAACUCUACCGCUACAUCAAUUGAGACUAGUUUGAAGUUGGGAAAGGAACCAGUCAGAAGGAGGACUGGAGUUGAUUGGUGUGGAGAUAAGGAGGAUAAGAACCGUUGGGCUAAACAUAUAGUAGCAUCACAAGCUGCUUGGCUCAGAAUGUUGUUGAAGGAGUUAAAGGCAGAAUUGGUUCAACAACCAAAGCUUCUUGUGGACAACAAGUCUGCAAUAGACUUGGCUAAACACCCAACUUCUCAUGGAAGAAGCAAACAUAUUGAGACCAAGUUUCACUUCUUAUAUGAACAAGUCAACAAUGGAAAACUUGAUGUUGACUAUUGA